UGAUGCUUUAGCGGCUUUGGUGCAAGAAUCCCGAAAGAAGAAAGGUCCACUCUCUCCCCCAAACUGAUGAAAACGGAGUGAAGCGACCAUAUCAUACCUUUGAUCUAUAUCACAUGGCAGCCAACGACAGUCAUCACCGGUCCACCUGAACUCACUUUGAAUCACUUUGAAGGCGGAUUUUUUUUUUUUUCUCUCUUAAGUUUUUUUUUCACAGCCAGAUCUCUGUCAGGAUCUCAAGCAGGCAGCGGGCUCCACUCCAAUUCAUUAAAGCUCACAUUGUAGAGGAGAGUCUUUCUGUGCUGGCUUGGUCCCCACUGCACCACAAAUAUCUCACCUGAGUUUGAAAAAGGUCAUCAGUACUUACCAGGAUGAGACGUGUGUUCCCGCACUGGCUGAGGGGCGUGUCCCUGCUGCUGCUGCUCCAGACGGCCAUCUCCAUGGUGAUGCUUCCAAACUCCACCGGCUGGCAGCAGAUUCUGGACAAGUAUUUGGACGAGGACGGGGACUGGUGGGAGGCCAAGCAGAGAGGAAAGAGGGCAAUCACCGACAGUGACGCUCAGCUCAUCCUGGACCUUCACAAUAAGCUGCGAGGCCAGGUCUACCCUUCCGCUUCCAACAUGGAGUACAUGGUGUGGGACACAGAGUUGGAGCGGACGGCAGAAGAGUGGGCUGAGACCUGCCUUUGGGAACAUGGUCCUGCCAGCUUGCUGCCACAGAUCGGACAAAAUCUGGGAGCCCACUGGGGAAGGUACCGUCCACCUACGUUCCAUGUGCAGGCCUGGUAUGAUGAAGUGAAAGACUAUUCCUUCCCUUACCCUCAGGAGUGUAACCCCUACUGCCCCUUCAGAUGCUCCGGCCCGGUUUGCACUCAUUACACACAGCUGGUGUGGGCCACCAGCAGUCGGAUUGGCUGUGCCGUCAACUUGUGUUACAACAUGAAUGUGUGGGGACAGAUUUGGGCCAAAGCUGUCUAUCUUGUCUGCAAUUAUUCACCAAAGGGGAACUGGUGGGGCCAUGCACCUUAUAAACAUGGGACACCAUGCUCUGCCUGUCCUCCCAGUUAUGGAGGAGGCUGCAAGGACAACCUCUGCUACAAAGAUGACAAUUCCAACCCUCCACAAGAGGAAACGGAAGAAUACAACUUCAUUGAGCCAGAGGCCCCCCGUACUCCGCAAAAGCCCCGGCCCCGGGUCUCAAAGCCCGAGCCUCCCAGUCUCCCCAACCCAGCCCCCACCAAGCCCCCCACAGUGGACCUGCAGAAGAAUGAAGUGGUCAACACACAGCAGAUGUCUCAGCUUGUGAAAUGUGACACUAAGCUUCGUGAUCAGUGUAAAGGAACGCCAUGCAAUAGAUAUGAGUGUCCAGCUGGAUGCUUAGAUGCUACAGGAAAAGUAGUUGGGACAGUUUACUAUGAAAUGCAAUCCAGUGUUUGCAGAGCUGGUCUACAUGCUGGUGUCAUAGAUAAUGAUGGAGGAUGGAUGGAUGUAACAAGGCAAGGAAGAAAGGACUUUUUCAUCAAAUCCAACAAGAAUGGAGUACCAUCUCUAGGAAAAUAUCAGAGUGCUAAUUCCUUCACAGUUUCCAGAGUAGCAGUCAUAGCCAUCACAUGUGAAACCACAGUGGCACAGCUGUGUCCAUACCAAAAGCCUGCAAAACAUUGCCCGAGAUUAUUCUGCCCGAGAAACUGUUUAGAAGAGAACCCGCACAUAUCCAGAGUAAUUGGCACCACAAUAUACUCUGAUAAGUCCAGUGUAUGCCGGGCAGCGGUCCAUGCUGGAGUCAUCAAGAACGAUGUGGGUGGCUACAUCGAUGUGAUGCCAGUGGACAAGCGGAAACACUACAUUGCCUCAUAUCAAAAUGGCAUUGUCUCUGAAAGUCUUCAAAAUCCUCCUGGAGGGAAGGCGUUCCGGGUGUUUGCUGUGAUUUGAGUGCCCCAGAGGGCGGCUUCACCAAACAGAAAGCGCACUUGGGCCUGUGAAUAGGCAGUAAUCAAGCCCUGUUGUCAAACUCAAUGACUGAAAUGUUUCUGGCUUUGCUACACUCCAGGGGUUAGAGGUCGUCUCCAUGACAGCAUAAACCGAGCAACAAAAACUUGACACAUACACAAUGAGAACCUGUCUGGACUCACUUGCAUGGAGUUUUCAAUUUGUCAUCUUUAGUGGGAAAUUUUAUAAACUGUAAAUAUCUUGGAAUGGUUCACUAAUAUUUUGUUUUGUACAUAUUUGUCAAUAGUAUUACGUUUGUUUUAUCUUUGUGCCAUGCCUGCCUUUUUAACAAAUAGCUGUGUAUGAAUACUGAUUAUAAAAGUCCUAUGAUAAAACAUUUUAAUGGCACUUAAGGAUGAAUUUUGUUUUUAUUGUCUGGCACAUUUUUACUGGUGCUCUGGGAAGGGGUCAUGUCAUAUUUUGUACUUUUUUAAUGAUUGGGGAACAAAUUGUUGCAUUUAUUUUUAUAUGAUUAUGCUUAUUAUAUAUAUCAAUAUGAUGUAUAAAGGAUGCUGCUAUAUGUUUUUCUAUUGUUAUUGUAAUUUCCAGUGUGAUGGUUUUAUUUGUUUGUCAGAUAAUGAGGUUUAGUUAAAACUCCCUGCAGGUCGGGAAGUAGUACACUCAACCUUCACAGUUAUCAUUCUCAAAACAAAACCUUUAUGUCUGACUUCAUCAUGAAUUCCAUUUGGAUGUCUGAACCCAAAGCUGUUUUAGGUAAUGAAUGGUCAUCUCCCUGUAACAUUGAUGAACAGAAACAACAAUAUGCUACAGUUUUAUUUUAUACAGUAUCAACAAAUAUACCAGCUCUCAGCUUUCUUUAAUCUGCCAUCAUUAUAAUGGGCAAUUAAAUGUAUUUUUGUUUCUGUUUCUCUGUGCAUCAUAUAUAUUUUCCUACCCCGGGUUUUGUGGAAGUGUUCAUUUUGCAAUAAAAUAUUACGUCCACCACAAUGCUUGUGUCGUUAAUGCACUCACAAAGUCUAUUUGAUAUUU